UCAAGGGAGAUGCUUGCUUCCCAAAAGGGCACCAUGGAGUCCAAGCUCUUCCUCUUGGGUCUUCUUCUCCUCUGGGCUGGUUUGUCUCUUGCUCAGAAGGAUGAGAAGAGAGAUAUCUGUCGCCUUCCUCCUGAAACAGGACCCUGCAAAAGCCACAUUCCCCGGUUCUUCUUCAACCCGAACACAAGGAAGUGUGAGGUGUUCAUUUAUGGUGGAUGUAGAGGAAAUAAGAACAACUUUACGACCGAGAAGGAGUGUCUCCGGGCCUGCUCAGUCCGACCUUGAAGGAGCCUGGGAUCCAUGGACAGCAACCACUGAAGACUUCUGACCGAAGACCAAAUCCGGCUCUGCACAAUCUCCACUUGCUCUGUUGAUGAGGGUUCCAGUUCUGAUUUGCCCAGACCAUUCUCUCCCUUGACAAUAAAUGUAUCAAUACUCAAUACCCCAAGAGUUUGAACUC